AUGGGAAAGAAAAGACGCAGCCCUACCUUGGAAGAGGUUUUAGCUCGCCCGUGGUGUUACUAUUGCGAGCGCGACUUUGAUGACCUCAAGAUCCUCAUCUCACAUCAGAAAGCGAAACACUUCAAAUGUGAAAGAUGUGGCAGAAGGCUCAAUACAGCUGGAGGAUUGUCGGUCCACAUGAGUCAAGUACAUAAGGAGCAACUGACCGCCGUUGACAAUGCGCUGUCCAACCGAUCGAGUCUCGACGUCGAGAUUUUUGGUAUGGAGGGAGUACCUGAAGAUGUCAUUCAAUCACACAACCAGCGCGUUAUUGCCCAGUUCCAGCAGUCAGAGGCGGAACGACAAGCGAUAACGGGAAACCCUCCGUCCGGAGCGUCGACUGCGACCGGCCAACCUGCGAAGAAACCAAAGGUCGAGAACAUAUCAGAUCUGAAGAAGCGACUUGCAGAGCACAAGGCGAAGAAAGCGGAGUCUCGAGCUGGAGGGAGCAGUGGCGAAGCGACUCCUGUCGGUGCGGGCCAGACUCCAACAACGGCCGGAUUUACGCAGCCACCUACGAUCGCCGCCCCUACGCAGCCAUUCUCUUAUCCUCAGCCAUAUGGCGGGGCUGGUUCCCCUUACCAGGCGACGGCGAGUCCUGUUUACCCAAACUUCUCCCCCGGACAACCGCAGUACCCUCCUCCCACGCAAUACUCCACUCCCGGAUACUCGCCGCAGCCAGUACCAGGCUUUGGAAACACACCGUCCCAGUUUCCACAACAGCAGCCUCAAAUCAACAGCCUACAAACCACAUUUGCUCCUCGAUCGGGAAGCUUACCUUCGGCACCGAGUCUCCCUCAACGACCCGCUGUUGGCGCUCCGCAAGUCAACGCAUAUCAGUUACAACAGAUGCACAUGGGCCACCCUCUUCCUACAACGGCCGUUCCUGGUGUUGCCAAUGGCGAGAAGCCCGAACCUACGGCGUUCUCUUCUUCGGUUGACGAUCUAAUCUCCGGAGCAGCCAAACAAGCUGAUCUAGCGGCGGCGGCGACUCCCAAGCCGGCAGAAGGCGCAGAAGAAAAGCCGAGCAAGAAAGAUAAGUCGAAGCAGUCACGGUUGGUCUAUUCAGAUAAUGAAACCAGCCCUGAGGAGAAGAUGGCGAAACUGCCAAGGUACGCAUUCGUUCCUGAUCGUCGGGGAGAGACUGCGCUGCAAGAGCUUCCGCCUUCUGUAGUCGUCGGUCAAGUGCCCAUUUCAGAGGCCACAGUCAUGCCGGAUCCUUGA